UUAAAAAUUUUGACUGCAAAAGUCAAAAUGAGAAAUUAAUUUUAGGACGGAGGGAGUACAAAAGUUGAUGGGGCUGAAGUGGCGGGAAAAAGCCCUAAUCUAGACCCGGGAAACUGUAAUUGUCCGGAGCAGAAAAAUCAAGAACCGCAAAGUUGGGAAACGGAAGCACGAUGGCUGGUUCCGGCGAAGACUUCGCCCAGUUCGACAUUUCCGUAGAGGAAAAGGACAAGCUGGUCGGAGAAGUGAUACGCUAUGUUUUGUUCAAGACCGAGCAGAGCUCCGGUUGUCCGAUCAAGAGGGAGGAAUUGACCCAACUGGUCACUGGGAAAAGCUAUCGGCAGAGGAAUCUCCCCGCUUUCAUCAUCAAUGAAGCCAGGGAUAAGCUCGAAGCCAUUUUUGGCUACGAAAUGAAGGAGCUCCAGCGCACCCGUGUCUCCGCCAACAAUCGCCAUUCCCAGCAAGUUUCUGGUGAUGCAAAAUCAUAUAUCCUCGUCAGUAAGUUACCCCCAAAAGCCUACAAGGAGUGUGUGGAGGAUAAGAACAAAUCACACUUUAACGGUUUUGCCUUUGUGGUGAUUAGUAUCAUCUAUCUUUCUGGAGGCAACAUAGCGGAGGAAGAUCUUUGGCGUCAUUUGAGACGGUUGGGUUUGAUGGAAACUGAUGAAAACCAUCCUGUUCUCGGUAACUUGAAAAUGACAUUGGAGUCACUUAUUCAGCAAAGAUAUUUGCACAAAGAGAAAGUCAAUGGCCCUGAGGGUAAUGCUAUACAUUAUGAGCUUGCUGAAAGAGCUCUAGAUGGGGAUAUUAAUAAUAGAAUGAAAGAGCAUAUAUCCAAGAUUGUGCAAAAGGAUAUCGUAUCUUUGGAUGAUGAUUAGAUAUUCAUGCUGGCCUGAACUGGUAUUGUGUGUUUGGAUGAGGAUGAGCACAUCUACGACCUAUAUCUCGUCUCAUACCUUACUAUGCUCACUCUUAAUUGCCGCUAACAAUGCACCAGUGAAUCUCAAGGCGGGGAAGGAAACAAAUCAAAUCAAGAAAUCGAGUACUUAACACUUGUUUGAAGUUGACAUCGUGCCGGAAGCUGACAUCAUAUUCACGAGAAGAGGCAUCGAUGAUGUGUUGAGGAAUCACCGAACGAUGAUGACGAUGAAAGAGAGGAAGGUGUGUCAAAGAACGGCGACAUUGUAAGCCUGUCAUGCGUCAUCACACAAUCGAGAGAAGAGAACGGGUGAGGAGAACCCUAAUAAAGUCUGAUACCAUUG